AUGCGCCGGUCGGUCUGGCUGGCGCUGGCCGCGUCGCUCUUGCACGUGUCCCUGCAAGGCGAGUUCCAGAGGAAGCUCUACAAGGAGCUGGUCAAGAACUACAACCCGUUGGAGAGGCCCGUGGCCAACGACUCGCAGCCGCUCACCGUCUACUUCUCCCUGAGUCUCCUGCAGAUCAUGGACGUGGAUGAGAAGAACCAAGUUUUAACCACCAACAUUUGGCUGCAGAUGUCCUGGACAGAUCACUAUUUACAAUGGAAUGUGUCAGAAUAUCCGGGCGUGAAGACUGUUCGUUUCCCAGAUGGCCUGAUUUGGAAGCCAGACAUUCUUCUCUAUAACAGUGCUGAUGAGCGCUUCGAUGCCACAUUCCACACCAACGUGUUAGUUAACUCUUCUGGGCAUUGCCAGUACCUGCCUCCAGGCAUAUUCAAGAGCUCCUGCUACAUCGACGUGCGCUGGUUCCCCUUUGAUGUGCAGCAGUGCAAACUGAAGUUUGGGUCCUGGUCUUACGGAGGGUGGUCCUUGGAUCUACAGAUGCAAGAGGCAGAUAUCAGUGGAUAUAUACCAAAUGGAGAAUGGGACCUUGUGGGAAUCCCAGGCAAGCGGAGUGAGAAGUUCUAUGAGUGUUGCAAAGAGCCCUACCCAGACGUCACCUUCACAGUGACCAUUCGCCGCAGGACCCUCUACUAUGGCCUCAAUCUGCUCAUCCCCUGUGUGCUCAUCUCUGCGCUGGCCCUCCUCGUCUUCUUGCUCCCUGCAGAUUCAGGGGAGAAAAUUUCCCUGGGGAUAACGGUUUUACUCUCUCUCACUGUCUUCAUGUUGCUGGUGGCUGAGAUCAUGCCUGCGACAUCCGACUCGGUGCCCUUGAUAGCCCAGUACUUCGCCAGCACCAUGAUCAUCGUGGGCCUCUCCGUGGUCGUGACGGUGAUUGUGCUUCAGUACCACCACCACGACCCUGACGGCGGCAAGAUGCCCAAGUGGACCAGGGUCAUCCUUCUGAACUGGUGCGCCUGGUUCCUGCGCAUGAAGAGGCCGGGGGAGGACAAGGUGCGGCCGGCGUGCCAGCACAAGCCGCGUCGCUGCAGCCUGGCCAGUGUGGACGUGAGCGCGGUGGCGGCCCCGCCCACCACCAACGGCAACCUGCUCUACAUCGGCUUCCGCGGCCUGGACGGUGUGCACGGCGCCCCCACCCCCGACUCGGGCGUCGUGUGCGGCCGCAUGGCCUGCUCCCCCACGCACGACGAGCACCUCCUGCACGGCGGGCAGCCCUCCGAGGGGGACCCGGAUCUGGCCAAGAUCCUGGAGGAGGUGCGCUACCUCGCCAACCGCUUCCGCUGUCAGGACGAGAGCGAGGCCAUCUGCAGUGAGUGGAAAUUUGCGGCCUGCGUGGUGGACCGCCUGUGUCUCAUGGCCUUCUCCGUCUUCACCAUCAUCUGCACCAUCGGCAUCCUGAUGUCAGCUCCAAACUUCGUCGAGGCUGUGUCCAAAGACUUCGCCUAA